AUGGCCGAGCCGCUGCUCAGGAAGACCUUCUCCCGCUUGCGGGGUCGGGAGAAACUUCCCCGGAAAAAGUCAGAUGCCAAGGACCGCGGCCGCCCAGCCCAGCGCUCAGAGCCCAAACCCCCAGAACCAGAACCUCGCGUCCUUGAAGGGUCUCAGGCUGGAGCAGAGGUACCACUCAGCCCCGAGACACCUCGGAGCCCCGCUCGCGGUGCCUACCUGCAAAGCCUGGAGCCCAGUAGCCGCCGAUGGGUGCUAGGAGGGGCUAAACCACCGGAGGAGAUAUCUUUAGGGCCUAGGACACCUAGCAGUGGGGAGCCUGCUGGUGAGAUUUGGUACAACCCCAUCCCUGAAGAAGACCCCAGACCUCCAGCACCUGAGCCCGUGGGAUCGCAGCUAGCUUCCUCUGAGCCAGAAGGCCCGAUCCUCCAAGGUGCAGCCCCUACCAGCCCCCCUACCAAAACCUCCCGUACCAAGUCCCCAGGCCCUGCAAGGCGCCUCUCUAUGAAGAUGAAAAAGCUUCCAGAGCUGCGCCGCCGCCUGAGCCUAAGAAGUACUCGCACUAGCAGGGAACGAGAGAGGACCGCCCCAGCAGGCUCUGUCAUCAGCCGCUACCACCUGGACAGCAGUGUGGCGACUCCUGGGCAGGCAUCAGUGGCUGGAGGGACUAGGAGCCCAAGGGGUGGGUACCUCAGCGAUGGUGAUUCGCCGGAGCGUCCUGGGGGACCACCAUCACCCACUGCCUUCCGGCCCUAUGAAGUGGGCCCAUCAGCCCGGGCUCCUCCAGCCGCGCUCUGGGGGCGUCUCAGCCUGCACCUGUAUGGGCUAGGGGGUCUGCGGCCAACUCCGGGGGCUACUCCUCGUGAUCUCUGCUGUCUUCUCCAAGUGGAUGGAGUAGCUCGGGCCCGCACAGGGCCACUUCGAAGCGGGCCAGACUUCCUGAGGCUGGAUCACACCUUCCACUUGGAGCUGGAGGCCGCUCGGCUGCUGCGGGCCUUGGUACUUGCGUGGGACCCUGGUGUGAGGCGGCACCGGCCCUGUGCCCAGGGCACUGUGCUACUGCCAACCAUCUUUCGAGGGUGCCAAGCGCAACAACUGGCCGUUCGACUGGAACCCCAGGGACUUCUGUAUGCCAAGCUAACGUUGUCGGAACAGCAAGAAGCCCCUGCCACAGUGGAGCCCCGUGUUUUCGGGCUCCCGCUGCAGCUUCUGGUAGAACGUGAGCAGUCUCCAGGCCAGGUGCCUCUCAUCAUCCGAAAGUGUGUGGGGCAGAUCGAGUGCCGAGGGCUGCGGGUCGUGGGGCUGUACCGUCUCUGUGGCUCAGCCGCGGUGAAGAAAGAGCUUCGAGAUGCCUUUGAGCAGGACAGUGCAGCUGUGUGCCUCUCUGAAGAUGUGUACCCCGAUAUCAAUGUCAUCACAGGCAUCCUCAAGGAUUACCUUCGAGAGCUGCCAACGCCGCUCAUCACCCAGCCCCUCUACCAGGUGGUGCUGGAGGCCAUGGCCCAAGGACACCCAAGCAGGGCUUCCCUGGGUCCUGAAGGCACCAGAGGACUCCUCAGCUGCCUGCCAGAUGUGGAGAGGGCCACACUGACGCUUCUUCUGGACCAUCUGCGCCUUGUCUCCUCCUUCCACACCCACAACCGCAUGACCCCGCAGAACUUGGCGGUGUGCUUCGGACCGGUGCUGCUGCCAGCGAGACAAACACCCUCUCGGACCCGGCUCCGUGGCUCCGGCCCAGGAGUCAGCAGCGCUGUGGAUUUCAAGCGCCACAUUGAAGUCCUGCAUUACUUGUUACAGUCUUGGCCAGAUACCCGCCGGCCCUCAGAGACCCCAGACGUCGCACCGUAUUUGCGGCCCAAACGACAGCCACCGCUGCACUUGCCGCUGGAUGGCCCAGAAGUGGUGACUCGGCCUCGGGGCCGUGGAGGCCCCGAAAGUCCCCCAAGCAACCGCUAUGCAGGCGACUGGAGCGUGUGCGGGGGAGAUUUACUGCCGCGUGGGCGGGACUUCCUGUCCGGACCUGACUAUGACCACGUGACAGGCAGCGACAGUGAGGAAGAUGAGGAUGAGAGUGGAGAGCCGAGGGGCACUACGGACUUCGAAGAUGAGUUUGAUGCACCCUUCAACCCACACCUGAAUCUCAAAGACUUUGAUGCCCUCAUCCUGGAUCUGGAGAGAGAACUUUCCAAGCAGAUCAAUGUGUGCCUCUGAGCCCUCAAAGCAGGGGAUGGAUUUUCGUUACUAGGGAAUUGCUUCCUG